GGGAACUGUCUUUCACGGGUAGGAUUUGGAAAGCUUUCCAUGAGUGGUAUAUCUAUGCUUGUGGUUACAGACAACUUGGUAAGUUUCCCUGUAGAGGAACGAGCCACCUGAUUGAAAUCUGCGUGGUUUGAGUACUCUUUGAUGGUUCAUUUUUCUCUAUCAUAGUAUUGUGCCGCUGCACUUUCCUCGGCCGUGCCAUGCUACGUUUACCGUGGAGACCGUGGCGAUAGUUAAUAUUCAAAAUCAACGAAAACACAUUGGCUAUAAAAUUAUAUAUUUCCUCUUCCAUUUUAUGCCAAUUUCUUAGCCGUAGGCUUAUCUAAAUCCGUUUUCAUGUAUAUUCUUGGAUCAUGUUACAUACCCAAUAUUUACAAAGUCAAGCGAUGUUUAACUGUUCGUGCAAGCUUAUGCAUCCUUAAGGUAAAAAUUAUGAAAUGCAGCGGUAAUGAGCCAUGGGCAAUCUUGUCUUAUAACAUUAAUGUAAGUCCUAACCUCCUAUGAUCUUAGGCCAUGGGGUAGGUUGAAAAGUUAGCCUGUCAUUUUAUCCUAUUUUCCUGUCGUCAAAUUUUAUCGGAACUUGAUUUGACUAUUGAUCAUGUUUGAUAAUUCGAUCAUAGAUCGAUAAUUUUUUCAAGUUUUUUCUUUUAAAUUAAAUGUGUGAGUCAAAUUCUGGCACCAAAUAUAUUUUUCACAUUUGUGGUAAAUUCAUUGAUUAUGUUUGAUAAUUCGACCAAAUUGAUAAUUUUUCACUAAUCUGUGAGUCAUGGUUGAUGACCAAAAUGGUGGCAUAUAUUUUUCACUUGCCAUGGUGACCAAAAUGGUGGCGGCUUGGAGUGUUGUAAGCUGAAUCUCACACACGUUUUGAUUGAUUCCUACUUAUGAUUUAUUGGAAGACAGAUCUAUGGAUGAUAUCACCACAAACAACAUAUCAUUUUUUUAUCAUAUAAAACAUUAGAUUCCUCAGUAAUGGAUCACAGAAGAUGUUAAGAUGUGGAAAGAACAUCAGUGAUGCACUUAGUAUGGCUAAACUUAAUGAUUUUAGUUCAUGUAACAGGGCUAAUCAGUGGUCAUACAAACCAAAACACAAAAGCGUGUUCAUUAUGUUCUGCUUAGAUAUGGAGAGGAACAUAAGUUUGGUAGCCUUACUGCAUUUCCAGUUGGAUACAAGGAUGAGCAUGAAUUCUUAAAAUAAUGUUGUUAAGUAUUUGGUUUUUUGUGAUAAUGGAGCACAACCAUUGUUUUGUGGAAGAUCAAAAGGAGUUUGUGACAAAGCAAUCUCAAAGUUGGUAAAUUUGAUUCUGUAAUACACUUGGCUGUCCAACUUAGCCAUUAAAGUACACAAACUUCCAAUAAACUGGGUGAAGUCCUAAGGAAUUUGCGGGCAAAUUGUCUAGAUACCAUAGAUACGAUUGAAGUAGAGCAUAAACUCUUGCUGUAAAGUAGAAUUUCCAUGUCUGCCAGCCAAAUUUAUGUGCCACCAAUUUUAAGUGCCAGUAAUGUAUAAAUAUAAUGUCUGCAGGAGUCUGGUGUUCUCUUUAAGUAUCUAAGUGGGGGAAUACACCAGAGAAAGGCUAGGCAGGGAUUUAUAGUAUGUGUAAGUAGAAGAUACAAGACUGCCCUUUGUCUAAAUGACAAUACAUCUUCAGUUUGUUUGCUAAUGGCAAAUUCAAUGCUAUUUUUAGGUCUUCGCAGGGGUGACUUGCUGAAUGAGGAUGACCCUGAUGUGAAAGAAGCUGUAAAACGUCUUUCCCCUGAAGAUUUCAACCUGAGACAGUUCCGUAUAAAGAGAGCUCUUGAUUUGACAAUGAAACAUAGCAUUCUACCCAAAGAGCACUGGACAACAAGUGAAGAGGUUUGUUUGUGCUUAUUUGAAUUAUUUGAUCCUUUUGUUGUGAUAUGAACAUAAGAAUGUAUACCUGUAUAUGUGAGUUGCUACACAUAGUAGUUUCCAGUCCAAGGUGUAUUUUCCAAGUUACCAUUAACCACCACUAUCUGUAUUACCAGAAAUGGUGGAGAGGAGCUGUGAAAGUAAAGCAUCUUCUAGUGCCUUCGAUAAGAUUUGAAGUAGGCAGUUACCUCAGUAAAGCACCUGCUGGAGAAUGAUAUGAAAAACAUUUCACACAGCUGCAGAUUGCUUUACGAAAAAUAACAAAAAGUUGGCUAACUAGUAACCAUAAGAACAUGAUCUUCUUGGCUUUUCACAGUUAAUACUGCUUUUUUAUUGAUGUAAGGUUAGAUGAUUAGGGCUAGUUAUGUACACAAGGUCUAACCCAAAGCACAGUUUUACCCAGUCAGUGGGCCUCAGGCUUUCUCUGUAAGUGGGUUGAUUUAAUGAAAUAAAUAUCCCUCCACUAUUAUCUUUUUGCCUUCUUGAUGCUGUUCACAGAAAUAAAUGUUAAGAUAAAAGGUUCAGCUAAAUUGAGAAUUGUUUAGGAGGUGGUUUUGUUAAACAACAGCUAAACUUUGUCUAAAUAGUUGGACGUGAGUGUUCAGAGGCUGUUAUCAUUUCUCUCUUUGUAGUUAAGCCACAGUUAAGUGUUUUUGAUGCAAACCUGCGUAACAUCUUUUCAAAAAUGUAGGCGUGUGAAUGACAAGCACUCUAUUUUAUCAAUUUUGAUUUUCAAGUUUGUUUUCUCACUAACAGGUGAGAAGAACAGUUGUUGGUUUAUUUGUUAAAAAAUAUUUUCAAGAUGACUUUAGUUCAGCACAAAGGUUUUUAAGUUAUUUUAGUAACCAAUGAUGCAUACUUCUUCUUUCCAUAUGUUUAAUAUGAUGAGUAGCACAAUCACCAUGCCCAUAGGGGGUUGACUGCAAACUUUCAAUGAUUUCUUCUGUUUUACAUUUUCAUUGAAGCCAAAUCUUUGCUUACAGGUAAAGUUGUUCUUACUGAUUAUAGUAAAAGCAAAAAAUCAGAAAACCACAUUGCUGUCUUUGAGAAAAUACCCGUGAAAGAUGAAAAAUGGAGCCAAUUUUGGUUGUAACGCGUAACACAAUCUCAGUGGUAAAAUUUUUUAAAUACAUUUUUCACUGAAAGAAAGCUCGUUUGAGCAAACAAAUUACACCUGAUGACAACACACAAUAAACACUACAUUUGAGCAAAACUUUGACAUUUCAAGUUUAUUAAAACGCAUAGAAAAGAUUUAUCAUUCUUAAGUAUCCUUUGUGUAACGCUGGGUUUCAGAAUUUGGAAGUACACCAAGUUGUUGUUCGCAGAAUGACUGAACUGGAAUCCUGUGGGAACAAAAACACUUUAACCAAAUGCUCAUACUUGGUGUUCUAAAAUACCGAAAAAUCAGUCUAAAGGAUUGACUAUAAACGGAGAAAUAUCAGUGUAAAACAGUCGCUACGGUUUUGUAAAACCUGAUUACGCAAUAAUAUUUUUCAUCAACUUACCUGCUCCUUCGCUACUAUACUUCAAACACGGCAAAGUCGGGUUUCGAAAUCGAUUACACUUCAAUGCUCAUAAGUUUCUCUUGUCAUUUCCAAGUUUUCGGGUCCAUAUCUUUAGAAACGGCCAAAAUAUUCACUUUUGACCGAGUCGCUACGCUUUUUACCAUGUUGACGCCAUAUUGAGAACGGAGUCUCGCCACAAAUGCCACCAAAAGCGCUAUGUCGGGAGUCUUCAAGCUCAAUAAUUUUUCUGAGAUUUAGCCAUCCGUAAAUAUCGCUUCAAGUGCGCUUGACAAGAGGUAUGGUUAACAAAAAGGAAGAAAAGCUUGCGAGGAUCAAAGAGUGGAGGAGGAAAAAGCAGGAAAAGAAUAGGCUAAGGAAUCUAAAAUAUGAUGAAAAGAAUCCCAAAAAGAGAGCUGAAUUUCCAAUAGAAAAAUGGUGAUGUGAUCUUCAAGUUGUAAAAAGAGGCAGAAAGUCAGUUUUUAGAGUGCCAGUUGAUCUUACUAGGGAGAUACUAGCCUCCAUGUAAUACAAAAUGUUAUUAUUUCUACUUUUUUACUGUGUCAGUGAACUCGAUAUUGAUUAUUUGUGAAAAAGACCACACCCACAAGGGAUUAUGGGUAAAUACAAAUUUGAAUCAAAUGUGACAAAAAUAAAAUAGUUUGAAAUAAAUCAGUUGUAAUAGUAAAUGUGAAUUUAAAACAGACCUAAAGAAGUGAUUUUGUCCCAAACUAGCAAUUUUCACAUUUUCCAUACAUGUUACAGAAGUGGGUAUGGUGAUUGUGCUACUCAUCUAUAUGUAGAACACUUAAAAAAAGCAGAAAAAGUAAACUGCCAGUGUAAGAAUGACUUUAGUAACAAAGACCACAGAAUUUGCAAAAUAAAUAAGCUGAAUACUCCAAUACUACAUUGACUACAAUUUUGUAUGUUAUUUUCUGAAAAUUUCACUUCAGUGUGGCAAAGUAUACCUGUGGAAGGAAAAUUUUUUGGGAUAAAAAUGGUUAAUACACCUAGAAUGUUCAGUAUUACUAAUUCAUUUUGUUACAUCUCUUAUAGGACACAAUGUAUAUUCAACCUCUCAUUGACCAGGUCAAGAAGGAGCGCAUUGAAAGAGAAAUGUGGGACCACAAGUGAACAUCAUCAGUGUGUUUGUGUGCAACCUUGAAGGGAUUGUUAAUUCCUCCACAAAUGUGGAAAUUUUGUAGCUUUCAAACAAAUUGUGUUCGGGUUUAACUUGUAAGGGAAAUGUGAAGAAGAUUGUCAUAAUUUGAUUUACAUCACCUGUAAUAAAGAAUGAAUACUACUUUUAACACCACCUAUUCAUAUUUUGUGCUGCAUUUGCUUGGAAAUUUUACGGGGUUCAUUUAGGUUUUGAAAUUGUUUUUCUUGAUAUAAAUGUACUGAUUGAGUGAAACAAAAAUACAGUCUAACAGAUUAUAAUUAUCCUUUAUAACAAAGAGGGCAAAAAUACUGAAUGCUGAUUGACUGAGACAGAGGGCUUUUUUCCUUAAUUUUGGUAAUUACCCUCAGCAAAUUUCCUUGAAAUUGAAUACAUUAAUACAGGAUUAACUUUAUCUAAAGUAUUUUAAAUUCAUUGAUGGCUAAUGUUUUUUAGCAGGGCUGGUCUCACUGCUUUUGCAGUUUGGUACAAAAAUAAUCAUUCAUUCAGCUGACUCGUGUGUUUUACAGUUCAUUGAUGCCAACUAAAUACUGAAUGGCUUUCCAUGAAAUUGCACAACAACGUGCCUUUCCAAAUUCUUAAUCAAUAAUGGUAAUAGGACUGAGUGGAGUCCAAUUCAGUCAGUAAUCAUAUGAGUGAUUGACAAAAUUGAAUGACUGUGAAGCAGGAGUCCGAUUUGUCAAUCAAGAGUGUGAUUACUGACAGAAUUGGGCAACACAAAGUCCUGUUACCAAUUAAUCAUAACUGUUACAUUUUCCAAAAACAAAAAAUAUGUUUAGGACAAACAUGUGCAGUAGAGACAAUGUCUAAGGAAAAAAUUCCCCAACUUUGAAAAUUCCACAACAUUUUUAGGAUGUGGUUGUUGCUAUGGUUAUUGUGAUCAAUUCUGUGAUUGGUGGAUUUGACAGAAAGGACUAAAUAUGAUUGACUUCUUUAACUGUCCGAUUACAGGUGUCCGAUUACAACCAACUGUCCAAUUACACUGUCUGAUUACAACUCUACAGAAUAAUUUGUGAAAAACAAAGCAGCUACUACUGACACCAAUCACAUUUGAGGAAAUUGUAAUGGUUGUGAUUAAAGAAAAUUUUGCCCUUGAUGUUGUAAACAAGUUAUCACUAAAUAAAAGGAUUAAUAUGCCC